CCCUCUAACCCGGUGAUGCUGGCUGUUUCCUGCUUCUUCCUCUAUCCAACCGCUGCUGCUGGUGAAUUCGUGUUAGUUGAGCGCUGUAGCCACAGCGAGACGCAGAACGUGGACGUCAGUGGCUUUUCACGGCACAAACCCCGAGUCAGCCACUGUAUUAUCCCUUCCAAAAUCACAGCAAUGCGCAGGAAAUCUAGGAUAUUAUUAUGUUUUGCUGUGCUUUGGGUUCUUGGCAUAGCAUAUUAUUUCUAUUCGGGGACAACGCUGAGUCGAAAGGAUGACUGGAGUGGCUUUAAUUCAAACAGAAUUCAAUCACACAGCAAUGCAGAUGACAAAGCCCACAGCCUAGAGACUCUUCCUCCAGGGAAGGUUAGGUGGCAGGACUUUGACCAGGACCUGUACGUGGGAGCAACUGUGGUGAGGCCAGGGCAGGAUCCCUACGCCCGCAACAAGUUCAACCAGGUUGAGAGUGACAAACUCAGAAUGGACCGCAGUGUCCCUGACACCAGACAUGACCACUGUCGUCACAAACAGUGGAAGACAGAUCUUCCUGCGUCCAGUGUGGUUAUCACUUUCCACAACGAGGCCCGUUCAGCCCUGCUGCGCACUGUGGUCAGUGUGCUGAAGAAGAGUCCUCCUCAUCUGGUCAAAGAGAUCAUCUUAGUGGAUGACUACAGUGACAACCCUGAAGAUGGUGCCUUACUCGGGAAAAUCGAGAAAGUCAGAGUCCUACGGAACGAUCGUCGAGAGGGCUUGAUGCGAUCCCGAGUCAGAGGGGCGGAUGCGGCCACGGCCAAUGUACUGACCUUCCUUGACAGCCACUGCGAGUGUAAUGAACACUGGUUGGAGCCCCUUCUAGAAAGGGUUGCUGAGGAUAAAACUCGGGUUGUGUCACCCAUCAUAGAUGUCAUUAACAUGGACAAUUUCCAGUAUGUGGGGGCAUCUGCAGAUCUUAAAGGAGGUUUUGAUUGGAAUCUAGUUUUUAAAUGGGACUACAUGACCCUGGAACAAAGACGGGCACGGCAAGGAAACCCCAUUGCUCCUAUCAAGACUCCCAUGAUUGCCGGUGGCCUCUUUGUAAUGGAUAAGAACUACUUUGAGGAGCUGGGGAAGUACGACAUGAUGAUGGACGUGUGGGGAGGAGAGAAUCUUGAGAUCUCAUUUCGGGUCUGGCAGUGCGGGGGCAGCCUGGAGAUUAUUCCCUGCAGUCGAGUGGGUCAUGUCUUCAGGAAACAGCAUCCAUACACUUUUCCAGGGGGCAGUGGCACCGUGUUUGCCAGGAACACAAGGCGAGCGGCAGAAGUUUGGAUGGACGAUUACAAGAAUUUCUACUACGCUGCUGUGCCCUCAGCCCGUAAUGUGCCCUAUGGCAACAUUCAAAGCAGGUUGGAAAUGAAGAAGAGGUUAGGCUGCAAACCAUUUAAGUGGUACCUGGAGAACGUCUAUCCUGAGUUACGGGUCCCGGAUCAUCAGGACAUAGCCUUUGGAGCACUACAGCAGGGCCAGAACUGUCUGGACACACUGGGGCACUUUGCUGACGGUGUGGUGGGGGUGUACGAGUGCCACAACGCAGGGGGCAAUCAGGUACCAAUCCGAUCUCAGGAAUGGGCCCUGACUAAAGACAAAUCAGUAAAACACAUGGACCUUUGCCUGACGGUGGUGGAUCGCACCGCUGGCUCACAGAUCAAGCUGCAGGGCUGCAGGGAGAACGACAGCAGACAGAAAUGGGAGCAGAUUGACAACAACUCCAAACUGCGGCACGUUGGCAGCAAUCUGUGCCUGGACAGCCGGAGCGCGCGGAACGGCGGUCUGACGGUGGAGGUGUGCAGCCCGUCGCUCACCCAGCAGUGGAAGUUCACUCUCAACCUGCAGCCGUAGCUCGACACCGCCGAUUCCAUCCCUCCCCUUCUCGCCCUCGGACAGCCCGUGCUGGGCACGCACUCGCCCCUCAGAGAAAAUCGCUGCCCAGAUACAGACUCGGGGCCGCCACGGUGCGGUCUGGUGGUCCUCAAGGGCCACGGGGCAAUGAAAACACAAACAAGAUGAUGAUGACUAUUUCCAUCUAACUAUAUACCUCACUGUUUCAUCUGUUGUCCAGCUCUUGGAAAGUGAAUCUUAAGUGUCUAAACUGUAUCCAUUUUUGGAGGUUUUCUUCCCAUUUUCCGAUGCAAAGGAUGCAUUAUUUUUUUGUCUUUUCUUAUUUUUCGCCUUUUCAUGUCUCAUUUUCUCGAAUUCCAGCACAUUUUCUUUUUUUUUUUUACAAUGGACAUCCAUUGUUAUUUUAUUUUUGUAGUCACGUUUCCAAUAUUGUUGAAUGUAAAUGACGUUUUAUGGAGGCUCCCUUCCUGCGCUGUGAUCAGAUUGGAUUUCAAGACUGUUGUAGUUUGGGUUUGAUUUAAUUUGAGGGUUCGUGGGAUUGAGGGGAGGACUCAUUUAUGCGCGCACCAACACACUUUAACUGUGGAGGACAGCGGCAGCCUCGUGCUUUUCAGCUCACGGCGCGCAGGGGGGAAAAAAAUCAAGAGACCAUUUUUGUUGUUUUCUAGUUUUUAUUAAAUUGUCAAUAUGUCUUUUUCUGGUAAAGGUGCAAUGUGUAAAGUUUCAACCCGCUUUCCGUAAGGGCCCCUGGUGUGUUCUGAAGGAGAACCAAGGCAUUGUACAGAACAUGACUGCUGGAUUCACAUACUGUAGCACUGGCUGCUAACAAAUCUAAAACAGGUCUUCAAACACAAACAAAUGUUUCUCAGCCACAUUUUUCUCAGUAAUCAUUUAUUUCUUAACUCUAUGUAGCCUUUAUUUACUUCGCCAAGUGUAUUAUGUAAAAUAAUCAUGGUAAUAACCUAGUAGGCUGAUCUGAAGCUUUGCUCCCUCUUUGGGAUUUAAAGCAAAGAUGGAUGUGUGUAUUACUCCUCAUCUUCCAUGAUUUCUUCUGACUUUGUGCAGUGCGUGUUCUGGAUCAUAACAUGGGCGUUGGAAAGGCUCCUUUCCUGCCUCCUUAAAGCCCUGGAUGUUUUAUUCUCAAGAUCAAUCAUGAUCCUCAGCAGCUUUGGCCAAACGUGGCACAUUAUGUCAUUACUUGAGCAUCCUCAUUCUUCUUCUUUUCAUGGUUAAAAGUUACUGCCUUUGUUAUCCAUGAUACUGUAAAGAAAAUGUGAGUUUAUUUUGUGUGUGUAUGAGUGUGUUUCUAAGCAGCUUUCAAAAUGCACAUUUGAGAAGCAUCUGGACUCACAAUGGAGAAGCGCAGCACGAUUUGUUUGUGUGUCCUUUUAUUCGCCAUUUAAUUAAUCGCCCGAAAUACUUUUUUCACAUCCAAACCUUGUGAAUUAUUGUGGUACUUCAGUUGAUCUUAAAAGAACUUGUUACUGUAAAUCCAACAGACAAAGAAGCCUGUGAUAUGUGAAACCGAAUCUGUUAACCCACCUACCUUUCAUGUAUAACGCCGUAGCAUUCUGACUAACUUAUUGUAGGCUAGGAAAUCAAGACUAAAUGAGUCCCUGACUGCCUUUCGGUCAGCUCUCCUCAUGUAUCAGCAUUAAGUGUUAUGUUAAUCUUAGACUUGUAUAUGUUCGAUUCGUCUGCACCACCCUGUGUUGUCCCAGAAUCGCAGUUCUCCAUUAGUGAGUAUGAAGAUGGCAACAGAAACACAUGGAAGACGCUUUGUCUUGAUGUUUCAGAGCCUGGGCAGAGAUUGUGUGGCCUUUAGGAAGAAAAUCAGUCCACUUACCUGAAUUUUAAUGUCCGUGUUCUGUAGCGUCAUCAAGUUUCCUGUAGUCAGAUGAGUCUGCUGGAUGGGAAAGCAGGUGUAGAUGUGGACUGCACUUUUGCCAUAGUGAAUCACACCACCUUUCUCCAGUUUAAAAGGAGAAGCCUAUGAAAUGGUAUAAAGUUUGGGCUUUGAUCGAUGGGUUUUUUUAAAAAAAGAACUUAGCCAAAUUUGGAGCAAUACGUGAUGGCUAAUCUUUGAAUUGGAUGAAAUGUUUACAUAGCACAGUGUGCCAAAGUCAUUUGCUGUUUGAUUGAAUAUGGAAACAGACUAAUACUCCAGACUAGGACCGUUUAAUUUUUAGUAGAUGAAGGACAUGUGACCCCACCUUUUUUUUUUUUUUUUCUUUAGUUUCCUUGAAAGCCAAUUUUAGGAAGGUCUUGAUGUUGCAUUAAACGGCAAAGGAAACAGCAUGGGGUCAACAGUUGUAAUAGUGUAUAUGUGUGUAUAUACAGUAUGUAUGUCCAUGCAUGUACAUUUACACAUUCAGUUGCAGUUAUAGUGAUUUGGUCAACUGUACAGCGCUUGUAUUUGUUCAUUGUUUUAUAGAUAUUGCAAAAGUUUGAAUGACAAAAAUAAUUAACUUAAAUAAAAAAAAAUUAUAUACA